UUCCUUGCCUUUCCAUUGCUGUGUGCAAUGCUGCAGUUGUCUUCUAUUAGAAGAAGUUACAAAAGGUAUCAAAUCCUUGUUCCAAGGACCUGGAACAGUUGAAUGGAACACACCUUAGUGACCAAAUCAGAUAGGAUUUCUGAAAGUACCCAUUUGAGAGCCCGAAACAAAGAGCUGCUACCAAACCAUGUCUCGACAAGCUAACAAAAGGGGUCUAACCCUGGAUCUCAAUUCAGCGCCCGCCGCCAAGAAGACUCGUGUUACGGGUUUGACCCCUGGCAAUCCGCCCAUCUUAACCACGCCUGAUGUACAAAUGCUCAAGCUAUCCUCGCCCGAUGUGGCCAGAUUCUUGUCCAAUCCCACUCUCACUCCAACCACACAGACGCCUUAUGGCUUCAAUAAGUUUGUUACCGAAGAACAGGAGCUCUACGCCAAAGGCUUCGAAGAUGCCUUGAAUAGCGUGAGUUCGCAAGAGCGAACCACGGACAUUAGCACCAUCGAAAAGGCCACGGCAGCUCACCGGUCGAAUCUGGUCAUUGCAGCGCAUGCCAUCGCCAAUCAGCCGCCACUUCCGGUGACAACCCCCAUGCUCAGUCAGGCACCUCCUCCAGCCGUGGUUAUCUCUGCACCCACACCCAGUGUCCUAGCUGAUAUCUCGACUUCCAUGCAUCAGUCAAGACCUUCUUCAGGCGCUUCGGGCAGUUUGGAUUCGUCGGAGGCGAAUCUUCCAGAAGGGGUGAGAGUGAAGGAGGAGGAGGACCAUGAUGACGAUGAUGAUGACGAUAGCUCAUCCAAGUCUGGAGUGGGCUAUUCUCCGGUGGACAUGGAAUCCCAAGAGAAACUCAAAUUGGAACGCAAGAGAUUGCGGAAUCGUGUGGCAGCUUCCAAAUGUCGGAAGAAGAAACUUGAGAGAAUCUCCCAAUUGGACGAGAAGGUCCAAGGCCUCAAGAAUGAGAACACAGAGUUGGCAGCCGUUGUGAAGAAAUUAAAAGAGUCGGUGUGUAACCUGAAGCAAGAGGUCAUCGACCACGUGAACCAAGGUUGUCAGAUUGUCAUCGCUUCUGAUGUGUCUGCUAUUUGAAUAGAGAAUUUAUAGACGGUUUUGAAACCACGUUCGGGUGCUAUUAUGUUACAAAGGCGGCAAUUUUUGAACCUGUUACGAUAAGUCAUUAAUUUAUGACCCAGACUACCCUGAGCUGGGUCAAAAUGUUAUGUUUUAUGUGAGUCAUGUACAAAAGAAGUUGCACCUCUCGUGUGUUUAACCAGAAAUCUAUAUCAAAGUGUUUGCACUGAAUAAAGCUAUAAUAUCUUCGA